AGAAAAUAACUGAAAAUUAGAAGGUGAAUAGUUUCAUCUCAACAAACUUCACAGUUCACAGUUCACACUUUCACAGUAGCAGCGAGUAAGAGAGAGAAAGAGCGAGGAGAGAGAAAAUGAGCGGAGCAGGGAAGACGGUGUGUGUCACCGGUGCAUCCGGUUACAUCGCUUCAUGGCUAGUUAAGCUUCUUCUUCAGCGCGGUUACUCUGUUCGAGCCACAGUUCGUGAUCCCAGAACUGCAAAUGGAAGUUUCUGCAAACCAUUGUCUAUUCGUGAAUAUAAUCCGAAGAAAGUUGAGCACUUACUUUCUCUAAAUGGAGCUAAGGAGCGACUUCACUUGUUUACUGCAAACCUGUUGCAGGAGGGAUCUUUUGAUGCUGCUGUAGAGGGUUGUGAUGGUGUUUUUCACACUGCUUCUCCUUUCUACCAUGAUGUUAAAGACCCAGAGGCUGAAUUGCUUGAUCCUGCUGUUAAGGGAACGCUUAAUGUUCUCAAUGCCUGUGCAAAAGUCCCAUCAAUAAAAAGGGUGGUGCUGACAUCUUCAAUGGCAGCGGUUGCUUACAAUAGCAGACCUCGAACUCCGGAGGUGGUGGUUGAUGAAACCUGGUUUACUGAUGCAAAUCUCUGCAGGGAAUCAAAGAUGUGGUAUAUGCUCUCUAAAACUUUGGCUGAAGAAGCAGCAUGGAAAAUUGUGAAAGAGAAGGGCAUUGAUAUGGUGACUAUCAAUCCGGCAAUGGUUAUUGGACCACUGUUGCAGCCAACACUCAACACAAGUGCUGCUGCAAUAGCGAAAUUAUUUGGUUCUGAAACUUAUAAAAACAUGACUCUUGGUUGGGUACAUGUUAAAGAUGUUGCCAUGGCACAUAUUCUGGCACUUGAAGUGUCUUCAGCUGAAGGAAGAUACUGCUUAGUCGAAAGCACUGCCCAUUAUGCAGAUAUUGUGAAGAUUUUGAAAGAGCUUUAUCCAAAUGCCAAACUACCUGAAAAGUGUGAAGAUGACAGUCCUUUGAAGCCAUUAUACCAAGUCUCGAAGAAGAAAACUCAGAGUUUGGGCAUCAACUAUAUUCCUCUCAAAACAAGCGUCAAGGAGACUGUUGAAAGCCUGAAGGAGAAGGGGUUUGUCAGCAUUUCAUCUCAUAAAGUCACUCAACAAAGUAGCAGCAAGCGAGAGGAGAGAGAGAGAAUGAGCGGAGCAGGGAAGAUGGUGUGUGUGACCGGAGCAUCCGGUUACAUAGCUUCAUGGCUGGUUAAGCUUCUUCUUCAACGGGGUUACUUUGUCAAUGCCACCGUUCGUGAUCUCAAUGAUCCUAAGAAAGUUGAGCAUUUACGUUCACUAGAUGGAGCUAAGGACCGACUUCACUUGUUUACAGCGAACCUGUUGGAGGAUGGAUCUUUUGAUGCUGCAUUAGAAGGGUGUGAAGGUGUUUUUCACACUGCUUCUCCCUUCUUUCUCAAUAUUAAAGAUCCAGAGGCUGAAUUGCUUGAUCCUGCUGUGAAAGGAACACUUAAUGUCCUCAAAUCCUGUGCAAAAUUCCCAUCAAUUAAAAGAGUAGUUCUAACAUCUUCAAUGGCCGCGGUUACACACAAUGGUAGACCUCUAACUCCAGAAGUGGUGGUUGAUGAAACCUGGUUUACUGACCCAAAUCUCGUUAGGGAAUCAAAGAUGUGGUACGUGCUCUCUAAGAUUUUAGCCGAGGAAGCUGCUUGGAAGUUUGUGAAAGAAAAGGGUAUUGAUAUGGUGACUAUUAAUCCUGCAGUGGUUAUCGGACCAUUGCUGCAGCCAACACUCAACACAAGCGCUGCUAUAAUAGUGAGCUUAUUUGAUGGUUCCGAGACAUUUAAUAACAUGACUUUUGGUUGGGUACAUGUUAAAGAUGUUGCCAUGGCACAUAUCCUGGCAUUUGAAGUCCCUUCAGCUAAAGGAAGGUAUUGUUUAGUCGAAAGUGUUGCACAUUAUGAUUCAGAUAUUGUUAAGGUGUUAAAAGAGCUUUAUCCAAAGGCGGUACUCUUUUCAAAGUGCAAAGAUGACAGUCCAUUGAAGCCUGUUUACCAGGUUUCAAAGGAGAAAACUCGAAGUUUGGGCAUCGAUUAUAUUCCUCUUAAAACAAGCCUUAAGGAGACUGUUGAAAGCCUGAAGGAGAAGGGGUUUAUCAGCAUUUAA